AUUGAGAACAGCAAAAUGGACAGCAGGUUCGGAGUUGCAGUAUUCCUCGUACUUUGCUGCAUGUGGCAAGCCCACGCUGCCGUCAACUGCACGGCGGCCGGUCGGUUCGCGGACCCCGACGACACCACCUGCCAGAACUACACCCUCUGCGUCUACGACAGCUCCACCAGUACCUACCUCUCCUAUAACUACGUCUGCCCCACCACCUCCGUCUUCAACCCGAACACGGCUCAGUGCACAGCGUCCACCAACUACGUCUGCAACGUAACAACAUCAGUGUGCACAGAAGAUGGCUACAUAGCCGAUCCUGAUUCGACAAACUGCACUACUUACAUACAAUGCGUCGAGAUUAACGGUACCUUCGUGGAAACAACGUACACCUGUCCGGAUGACACGUAUUACGAUCCGAACACUACAUUGUGUGAAUCCGACUACAACUGUACCACCACCUCCACGUUCACUUGCACGGCAGCAGGAAGGUACGCAAACACUACGGACACUACAUGCCAAACUUAUAUUUAUUGCGUAUUGGCGUCCAAUGGUACUUACCUCGAAUAUGACUAUACUUGCCCUUCCACGUCCGUAUUUAAUCCCAAUACUGCACAAUGUACCACAAGCUACACUUGCACAACUUCUUAACAAAUUCUGUUCCUAUGUGAAGUA